AUGGGGAAAGCUUCCAAGGAUAAGCGGGUAUGAUAUAUUAAUACUCUGCUGUGUUCACUUGUGCAUGUUGGUCCAUUUUUUCUCCUUUUGUGCACAUGUCUUUCAUAGUGAUCAUCUCCUUCAUUGGAGGUGUCGCUCAGAUCGUUAAUGGAGGUGAAAUGUGCUGUUCGUGGGGUUCGUAUUGAGCAGGAUAUCUAUUACCGCAAGGCAAAGGAAGAGGGCUGGCGUGCUCGGAGUGCAUUCAAGCUGCUCCAGAUUGACGAGGAGUUCAACAUCUUCCAAGGUGGGCUCCUGCUGUCUUGUCCGACUUUUCAGCUCUCUUAUGGCAGAAAUUACCGCGCUUAUAUUUCGCAAAAUAAGUUACUUUUGGGUGGGUAUGUCUUCUGGUCUCUGAAUUUCAGGGGUAAAAAGAGUGGUCGAUCUCUGUGCCGCCCCUGGCAGCUGGAGUCAGGUGGUUCAGAAAACUUUAGUUCGUCUUGUAUCUUUGAUUUCCUCAGACAUAUUUGCAAUGCCAUCUACUGUUUAGUUGAUCUCUGAGACACUGCAUCAUUUUAACAACCUGCAGGUGUUGAGUCGAAAGCUCUACCUCCCAGCCAAAUCUUCACCAGAAUCCAGGUGCCUUUUUGCUUUAUCUUUUACUUAUUUGGUUUCUUUUUCUCGUACGCACGAUUCUUUGAUUUCUUUUAACUCCGUUGAUAUAUCUGUUUUUGGAGAAGAUCAAAUGAAACUGUCUCAGAUUUUCCUAAUGAAACUGCCCAAUUUAUAUUCAUCACUGGCACAUCCAAUGUUCUCUCUAAUUGGCUUUUUUUUUUAAAGUCUCGUAUCCUCUACAGUUGCUCGUCCUCCACCGUGCAAGUGCUGAUAUUUCUUACCGUUUAAACACAGAGAUCAUGACCUUCCUCUCAUUGUGGCUAUUGACUUACAACCAAUGGCACCCAUUGAUGGUGUAAUUCAGAUUCAGGGAGACAUCACAAAUGCUCGAACAGCUGAAGUGGUAGGCAUUGCUAGAUUAUUUCAAUUUAUUCUCAGAAUUAUGUUCGUGUUAUGGGUCGUGAUUUCUGAUUGAUCUUUUCAUAUUAAUGUGAUGCACUUAUUUUUUACCUUAUGUAAAGGCAAGGUUUGUUGAAGUCCCCCUUUUUUUUCAUAUUAUCCCAUUCUAGUGCGGUCGUUUCCUUUUUUAUAUGUUUUUAGAUAUUGCCAGAGCUGUUGUUCAGUAUAUUUCAGCAAAGCAUCCAAAACUUACUAUGGGUAAAGUGAAAAUUUUCGGUGUUAGGUUAUUAACCACUUCGAUGGAUGCAAAGCUGAUCUGGUUGUUUGUGACGGCGCCCCUGAUGGUGAGUAAAGAAUAGAUUUCCUUGUCCUCUGUUGACAGCACAAAGACGUGGCAUAUGACUAGCAUUAUUUAAUGCAGUUACAGGACUCCAUGAUAUGGACGAGUUCGUUCAGGCGCAACUUAUACUGGCAGUGAGUGCCUCAAUAUCUGUUCUCAUUUCCUGUAUAUUUUUACUCAGAGAAGUAUCAAUAAAUAACAAGCAUUUUGUCUGUCGCAACUUUUUUUUAACAUAGUUGCUUCAUAGCUUCUGUAGAUAAUAUUGUUAAAAAAAAUAAAAUUCCUUCGGCUUUGGUCUUAUUCUCUCUUUGAAGAAUUUCAAUUGCCAUUCAGUUCCCAUUUAGUGUGAUACUGUUAAUUAUUUACGAUCAGCAUAUCUGAUUCUAGCUUUUGUAUGGUGUUUGUCUUUAAACUUUACAGCAUAGUUGACUUCUGCAGGCUCUGACAAUUGUCACUCAUGUGCUACGUGUGGGUGGGAAAUUUAUUGCGAAGAUAUUUCGUGGUAAAGACACCAGUCUUCUAUAUUGCCAAGUAAGAUACAUUUUCUUUCUGUUGUUAUUUGUGUUUCCUUCUCUCUGGCGCAUCCUGCUUCCCUGAAAUUUAACGCUGGAAUUUGAAGCCGUCAUUCAUCAGUAAUGAAAAUAAGAAUAUUGCCAACCAUUGUGCAUAGGGAGAUACGCCCUUGUUCUUCAUCCCAUGAAGAGCUGCUGAAUUAAUUUGUUCUUCCCGAGAUCUUCCUUGAUAUUGCCGAAUGAUGUAUGAUACUAUCUUUAUUUCGGUCCUACCCAAUAAAAUAGAGCAUGAACAUACGCUUCUUGAACUUGUGAGCCAUUUCUUCUUCUGUAACUAGUGCUUUUUGGCAUUUUUUGGGCUUAAAUUUGGCAAAUUUAUGCAGCAAAUGAUUUAUCUAGCUAAUUCUAUAGGCAAUGUGACCUACGGAUGUUCUCUUUUUGCAGCUGAAAUUGUUCUUUUCAAGUGUCACCUUUGCCAAACCAAAGAGCAGUCGCAAUUCCAGCAUUGGUGAACCACGUUAUUUAAUUGCCAUCAUCAAAUUUUCUAGAUACUCGAACCUUCUUCACCUCCUGGAUAAUGUUGUCAUUGAUUUUCUUGUUUCUUUCUCUCGUCCGCAUUUCUUCCUGGUUUUAAGGGAUUAGUUCUAUGUUGCUUUUUCUUUUAAUUUUUGGUUUUAUGUUGCAUGUGAGCGAGGCCUGCUGAAGCUUGUGCUUCAGUAUAGAGGUUUGAAGGAAAGUGAUUGAGACAAGAUUUGAGAUUUUUCUGGUUUUUUUUCUUCUUUAAACAUGAUUAUGAGUUUCGAUGUUUUUUUUAGGGCAAAAAUACCAAUAAAUUCCUUCAUGAAUGGGUUUGUGAUUGAGCGAACAAUUUCUACCAGUUCUUGGGAAAAAAUUGAUAAUAGGGAUGCUGUUUUGACGGGCGACAUAUGGUUUCCGCUGCCAAAUUAUGUCAUUGCUAUGAACCAAAGGCUUUUCACGCUGACGAAUUGAAUCGCGCGUGCUUGUUCUGCUUCAGGAAUCACAGAUAGAGCUUUCUCGUUCGAUCGAGAUCUUCACAUACGAAUAACUCAUUUUGCGCGAUCUCGACGAAAAUGAUCUGUUGCCCGUUUUCCUCGAUCCUCUGGAGAAGAAUCUGACUGCUCUUUCUUUCUGCGUUCCAGAGGCAUUCGCAGUUUGCGAAAAUUACUCCCCUCCAGAACAAUUUAACGAGAAAGACCUGCACCGGCUUUUGGAAAAAAUCGGAAGCCCUUCUGGGAGCAGCGAUCUGGGUAAGCAAAUCCAUCUUUCCCAUCGAUUGCCGAAUCUCUGCAUGAUAAGGGUUCGGUUCUUCCGCACCAAACCAAAGCUCUCAUUCGGGAGGAGCUUCUUCCCUCUCCAUUCCUUCCGGCAGAUUGCGGCAGCGGCUGGCUGGAGGGUCCGAACAAGGUCUACAUCCCGUUCCUGGCCUGCGGGGAUCUGAGCGGCUACGACUCCGACCGGUCCUACCCGCUCCCCGCCGCCGCAGAGGGCGGCGCUUCCUACCGGAGCUUGGAUCCGGUGCAGCCCCCAAUCGCCCCCCCAUACAAGACCGCCUUGGAGCUGAAGAAAGCUUCCGAGAAGAGAGAGACUCCCUCUCUCUCGAACCCUGACGAGGAAACGGCUCCUCGUAUUUAA